CCACCCCCGCAACACACCUCUCCUCCUCCUCUCGUCUGCUGGCAACGUCCUCGAGGCAUUUUUGAGGAACCCCAGUGUCACUGUGAUUCCCCGCGUUUAUAUAUCUCACCAUCGUCGCCUGUCGCCGACCACCUACGUUCCAAGAUGUCCAACACUGUCGCUGCAGAGUCGUUUGACGACGUGGCACUUGCACCUCUGGAUGUUAUCUUCAAGCUCAGCGCGGACUUCAAGGCGGAUACCUUCCCUCAGAAGGUCAACCUCGGUGUCGGCGCAUACCGCGAUGACAACAGCAAGCCCUGGGUCCUCCCCGUCAUCAAGAAGGCAAAUGAACUGUUGUUGAACGAUGACUCUGUUGAUCACGAAUACCUGCCGAUCACUGGCCUGCCAGAGUUCUGCGAUCUCUCGGGCAAGCUGCUCUUCGGCGCGGACUCCCCUGUUGUGAGGGAGAAGCGUCUCUCUACGGUGCAGUGUAUCUCUGGCACGGGCUCCAACCAUCUUGCCGCGCUCUUCCUCUCGCGCUUCUAUAAGUUUAACGGAGAGAAAAAGGCGUUCAUCAGCCAGCCGACGUGGGUCAACCACUUCAACAUAUUCCGCAAUGUUGGCAUCGAGCCAGUGACAUACCCGUACUACGACCCGAAGACCAUCGGCCUUGACUUCGACGGCUUCCUUGGUGCCGUGCAGAACGCGCCGCCCAAAUCCGUCAUCCUCCUCCACGCCUGCGCACACAACCCCACCGGUGUUGACCCCACGCACGAGCAGUGGCAGACGAUCGCGCGCGUCAUGAAGGAGCGCGCGCACUACGCCUUUUUCGACUGCGCGUACCAGGGCUUCGCCUCCGGCGACCUCGACGCGGACGCUUGGGCGGUGCGGCACUUCGCCGCCGAGGGCAUCCCGCUGCUUGUCUGCCAGAGCUUCGCAAAGAACGCGGGCCUGUACGGCGAGCGUGUCGGUGCGCUGCACAUCGUGGCGAAGAGUGCGGAUGCGGCGGCGCGGGUGAAGAGCCAGCUGGCGGUGCUGCAGCGCAGCGAGAUCAGCAACCCGCCGGCGUACGGCGCGCGGUUGGUGGCGAUGAUCUUGGGGCAGCCAGAGCUGUUUGCGCAGUGGAAGCAGGAUAUCAAGACGAUGGCGGGGAGGAUUAUUGACAUGCGGCAUGAGCUGCACCGGUUGUUGACGCAGGAGCUGAAGACGCCGGGCAACUGGGACCAUAUCAUCAACCAGAUCGGCAUGUUUAGCUUCACUGGUCUGUCUCCGGAGCAGUGCAAGGCGCUCAUCGAGGAGUACCACGUAUACCUGACCUCAAAUGGUCGUAUCUCCAUGGCCGGCUUGAAUUCGCACAAUAUCCAAUAUUUCGCGAAGGCUGUGGACACGGUUGUGCGCACGAAGUAGAUGGAUGGAAGGGCAGAAGGAACCUUGUAGAUGUAAUCAUAACAUGUACUUAGAGCAACAACACGCGUCUCUGCUCACGGACGGAAUUUCGCCUACCU